GUAAUGUUCAUGUACAGUACACGGUUCAUGUACAUGUAAUUACGUAACUAUAUGUACAUAAUGUACUCGAGUCGCCUGAUGGGGCGUCGCAGUUGCGAAAGCAUGAUGAUGCCACUACGAGUGCACUACUGGAGGUUUUGUCUGUAGGUACAUUCAUCUUCGAGCAACGCAGGUGCAAACUGAAAAAAAUGCAAAUCAUUGGAGACCUUUACCUGAACGUGACCACGCUCUUGGUGGGUGUAGGAACCCUGGUUGCCUACGCACUGUACAGAAGCACCAGGCGGCCCGCAGGUUUCCCGCCCGGGCCAGCCGCACUACCGCUUGUCGGAAAUAUUCCUCAGUUGUAUUUUGCAAAAUCCCCCCUACAAGUCUUCAAAGAGCUGUGGCAGAAAUACGGAGCAGUGUACUCCUUGAAGUUUGCCACCGCCAAUUUCGUCGUGCUGAACACUAUUGAUGUGGUCAAAGAGGCAUUAAUCAAGAAAGCUGCGGUGUUUGCUGGACGUCCUAAGUCAUACUCAAUUGGAUUGCUCACCGAUGGAUUCAAGGAUAUUGCCUUCUCAACCUAUGGCCCCCAGUGGCGUUACCAACGCAAACUUGGCCACACUGCCAUCAGGCACUUUACACAGGAGGGGCGUUUCGAGCCAAUUGUUUUCAGCGUCACCCCAGGAAUUGCCCAAAUUCUGGAUGAAAUGGGAGACAAGCCAUUUGCUCCCAAAUGGACGAUUGGCCGGAUAGUGUACAAUGUCUUGGCUACCCUGUGCUUUGCCAAAACGUACGAAUUCAACGAUCCCGACUUACUGAACUGGAUUGAUCUCAACACCGAGUUCACCAAAGUUUUUGGUGGCGGUAUACCUGGGGAUUUCAUGACCAUUUUCCAGUACAUCCCAACUCCGACUGAUACAAAGUUCAGGCAUCUCCUGAAGCGCGUAAAGCAAAUGUACCAAGAGGAGUUUCAGAGACACCGUCAAACCUUCGACCCAGAAAACAUCCGUGACUUUGUGGACUCCUUACUGCUGACCCAGAAGGAGAACAUUGAAGCAGGAGAGGAGGGAGCCGACUGUCUGACAGACACGCACCUGGUCCAGACGGUGAUGGACAUUUUUGGAGCGGGAACAGACACCACUAUUAUCACCCUCCACUGGGCUGUCCUCCUCAUGACUGAGUAUCCCGAACUCCAGGAAAAGGUUGCUAUGGAAAUUGAUGAGGUCAUAGGUCAUGACAGGAUGCCCUCAUUGACCGAUAGGGGCUCUUUGCCGUUUACUGAAGCCACCCUUCUGGAGAUAUUUCGGUAUGGCCCCGUGGCACCACUUGGCGUUCCGCAUUCUGUGAUGGAAGACACAACACUGUGUGGAUACAAACUCCCAAAGAAAACCACUGUGAUGAUCAACCAUAUGGCUCUUCACUUCAGCCCAGCUGAGUGGGAAGAGCCGGACAAGUUUAAACCAGAACGUUUUCUGAACGAAGACGGCCAGCUCCCUGCCAAGCUUCCAGAGAGCCUCCUCCCUUUUGGGACUGGACGCCGUGUCUGCCUCGGCGAGGACUUCGCUAAGAAGGAAGUCUUUCUGCUCUUCACCUGGCUCUUCAGCCGGUACACUUUCUACAAAGUACCAGGCAAAGAGGAGGAAACCGUGCUGAGAUUGAACAAGGAACUGGCGUUUGCUUACCAGCUCUAUGAUGAUAUCGAGGUCUGCGUUAAAAAACGCCUCUAGUAUAAAUCGCCUUGAGAAAAUAGGUACAGUCGUGCAUUGUAUCAAAAGUUUAGAUGGUUUUCACAGUCUUGAGUUGGAUUUCUAUUGUAAACCUUGACGAUAGAGUUAAUGUUAGGCAUCCUGCCUUACUGUCAGCUGCAUACCACGUAAAGUUGCGUUUAGCACCUCUCAGUGUGUUGAUAAAGUGUCGUUGGUAUCCCCAUUAAACUCUAAUGCGAACACUCUUGAGUGAAAUAUCUAGAGAUCUGACUACAAAUGUUCCCUAUUCAGAAAUAUGAUUAAUCUGGAUUAAUGAUUGAAGUCUUUGUGAAUCAGGAGUAACUUUUUAAAUGACGCUGUUAUUUUUUAUGCCCUUUGAAAGGCAGUUUUACAAUGUACCACUGGUUAAGUGCCUAUUAAAAUAGUAGCUUGUGAGAAAUAACCAUUUACCUAAUAAAAUUAUGAAGCUUAUAUUUUGAUUAUAUUAUACAUAAUGUAUGAAUAUAUGAGAUAUACAUGUAUUUAUGCAGGUAGUUAGUCGAGAGAUUCAAACACAUAGCAAGUAUUUCGCUGAUUCUGUCUUUCGAAAUGAUUACUCUGGUGAAAAUAAGAAAUAUGCAUCUGAUCCAAGAAGUAUAGUGUCAAAAUUCUGUACUCUGUGAUUUGAAACGUAAUAAUUAUCUGACCUUAUCUUUGUCAAGUUUUGCCUCUCUGACAAUGUAAUCAUUUUUACCAGUUUGUAUCAUUUUUAUAUCGUAUAUUUUUACACGUGCAUUGCAAACAGUGUAGUUACUGAAGUUUGUUGUUGGUUACGAUCAAAAGACAAUGUAACCAUUUGAUUUGUAAACUGUUCAAACAUUUUUGUUAAAUUGUAUGGUGACAGAACAUCGAUAUCCUGUAAGUUUAACUGUUUGAUUGGUGUAAAUGUAUAUGUUGAUAGAUGACUUACAGAAAUCUAUUUUGUCUAAUUGUAAAGGUAAAACUUAACUGAACGACAGAUGUCUCUAGGAAUGAAGCAUUUCUUUCCUCAGAAGGCUCACAUAAGCUGAUGUUAACAUAAUAAACGUUAAAAUCAAUUGUAUUCGUAAGAGUAUGUUAUUCAGGAAUUAAAGCCAGCGACGCAGAACUGCCAACAUUGA